AUGAAAGACCUCGGGCCUCUACACUACUUCCUCGGGAUCGCCGUCACUCGCACCGCGGAUGGCUUCUUCCUCUCCCAGAGCAAGUACGCCGACGAACUACUCGAGCGCGCCAACAUGCAGGGCUGUAAGCCGGCGCCCACGCCGGUCGACACACGCGCCAAGCUGUCCGCCAGUGAUGGUGCCCUCGUCUCCGACGCCUCCGAGUACCGCAGCAUCCUCGGCGCACUCCAGUACAUGACCAUGACUCGGCCAGACAUCACCUACGCCGUCCAACAGUGUUGUCUGGUGAUGCAUGAUCUCCGCGACGUCCACCGUGCGCCGGCCAAGCGCAUCCUGCGCUACCUACGCGACACUUCAUCACAUGGGCUCCAUCUCCGACGGUCCGGCUCCCUCGACCUCGUCGCCUACUCUGACGCGGACUGGGCUGGCUGCCCAGACACGCGUCGGUCGACGUCCGGCUACGCUGUGUACCUCGACGACUCGCUUGUAUCAUGGUCAUCCAAACGACAGGCGACGGUGUCUCGCUCGAGCGCCGAGGCAGAAUACUGCGCGGUUGCAAACGCAGUUGCUGAAGGCUGGUGGAUCCGUCAACUUCUUGGCGAGCUCGUUGUACCUCUACCUCGCGCCAGCGUCAUCUUCUGCGACAACAUCUCGUCCGUCUACAUGGCGGCCAACCCCGUCCACCAUCGCCGGACCAAGCACAUCGAGCUCGACAUCCACUUUGUGCGCGAGAAAGUGGCAUUGGGCGAGCUGCGCGUUCUCCACGUGCCAACCUCCAACAUUUCGCCGACGUGCUCACCAAAGGACUGCCCAUGGCGGCGUUUCAAGAUUUCCGGUCCAGCUUGUGCGUCCGGCCGCCGGACGCUCAAACUGCGGCGGGGUGUUAGCAGUUCUCUCCAGUCUCCCACGAUCCUACCAUCAUCAUCUAUGCCCCAUUACGAGCGGGACGACGUGGCACCGUCUUACGCCGACGACUGCGCGUCGGGUAUGUCCAUCGCCCAGCGCUGGUUCUUGGCGAAAGAGAGGUGCACGGUCCUGGCCAUCCGGAGCUGCGUGGAGUGGGAGCCCGAGACCUUCCCGCUGGUGGAGGCACUCCUCGGCAAGCCGGUCGUGCCCCUGGGCCUCCUGCCGCCGUCGGCCGACGGCGGCAGGCGCCGCGCGGCCGGAUCGUCAGAGGACCACGUCACGCUACGCUGGCUAGAAGAGCAGCCGCCCGACUCCGUCGUGUACAUCGCGCUGGGGAGCGAGGUGCCGCUGAGCGUUGAGCAGGUGCACGAGCUGGCCCUGGGGCUGGAGCUCGCCGGGACACGCUUCCUCUGGGCUCUGCGGAAGCCCGCCGGCGCCGUCCUCGACAACGACGAUGCCCUGCCCCCUGGUUUCCAGGACCGCACCCGCGGCCAUGGGGUGGUGACCAUGGGAUGGGUGCCCCAGAUCAGCAUCCUGGCGCACGCCGCCGUGGGCGCGUUCCUGACGCACUGCGGCCGGAACUCGCUCAUCGAAGGGCUUCUGUUCGGGCACCCUCUCAUCAUGCUGCCCAUCUUCAGGGACCAGGGCCCGAAUGCCCGCCAAAUGGAGGCGAAGAAGGUAGGGUUGCAGGUGGCGAGGGACGACGACGACGGGUCGUUCGGCCGCCAUGGCGUUGCGGCCGCGGUCCGGACCGUCAUGCUGGAUGGAGAAGCCAGGAGGGGAUUUGUGGCGGGUGCCCUCAAGAUGCAGGCGAUCGUGGCCGACAAGGAACGCCAUGAGAGAUACAUCGACGAAUUUGUUCAACAACUCAGAUCGUAUCUGCCAACUGACGAUCUCACUACUGCCACCCCCAACUCCAGCUGA